AUGGAGCAGUGGUACGGAACAGCCCCUGGUCUGCCCGUCUCGUCAUCGCCGCGCGUUGUGCACGUUCGGCCCGUGCGACCCCAUCGACCUCUACCUACGCUGCCCAUCAAAGUCAAGAUGGAGCCCGAGAGCGACGAUGAAAAACCCAGUGCAUGGGAGAGACAGACCACCCAGCGUGGUGUCUGUCUGGUCGGACAACGGGACGUCGUCGUCGUCGUCGGCGUCGUCGUCGGCCAGCGGAGCGGACGAGCCGGACGGUUCGUCGCAGCAUUCGUCGGCACAACGCGCCGUGGCGUCGUCUUCGCAGCACUCGCUGUCCUCGUCUCCCCCCCCGCUCGACGUCCUCCGCCGACCGGCAGCAACUGGCGCCCCCGACGCCCCCCUCCAACGCCGCUGCGCGACCUCGACUCCUUGGACGCUUGGGAGACCAGCCUGCAGGCCAACCUGCGGUACCACGGUCUGGCCGGGUUUCUCGACGAGGGGGGUGGCGGCGACGCCAAGCCCACGCACCGGGACAGCCUUGCCUAUGCUCAGUAG